UUUCGUAUAGCGCAUAAAAAUAAAAACUUUUUUCCACACAUCAAAGCUUUGACCACAAACACUAUUUACCGAAAAAUAUAAAUAAAAAACAAAUAGAAACGUUAGUAAAACAGAAAACAAAUGCAUUUAUCUUAGAAAAUCGUAAAAAAUUGUUUAUCAAAAUUUUACCAUCAGACAGAAUAACUUCGUUAACAAAAAUUGACGCGCAAGCAAAGAAAGUAUAUGCCCUCCAGAUCCAGCCAGUCAUUGGAGGAACCAGGAAACAACCAAACACAAGGACCUUCCCACGGCAUGCGCAUCGAGUUCCUUAACAUAUUAGCCUUUACCUCGAGAUAACAAACAUGAUGUGGACCAGGACGACAAUCGCACUGCGCAGAAUUGCCAGGUCGCCCAGCUUGAACGGUAAGCGCUCCAGGAUGAAGGAACAAAUGUCCGCCAAGCAGCACGAGCGCAACGAAAAGAAGAAAAAGAAGCUGGCGGCCCUGGCGAACCUGAUGGAGCUCAACGAUCGCGAUCGAUUGCACGAGGCAGAGUUGGCCAAAAAGCGCGAUGCAGAGGUCGAAGUGGAGGAGAAGUCAGCAGCGAAGGCGGAGGACGGGGACGACGGCUUCAUCUUGGUGGGCAGCAAACGCAAACCGCGAAACCGUCGUCAAAACGCCGAGCAGGAGGCGGAUUCACAGACUGUCCCCGGAACAUCAGAUCCUGAAGAGCCAGUGACCAAGAAAACCCGCAAUAACGAUGAUGGAGGCGAUAGCCUGCCGCUGGAGAUCGGCACGCUAUCCGAGGAUCAGUACAAUCAGUUGUCGGCGGAGUUGAGACGUCGCAAACGGGAGCUGGAGAACGUACCGGCCCUGCGACUGCGUGAGAUGGGUCAGCGUGCCUCCCUGGAGACUCCGCAAGAUGCUCGCACGCCCAUCUUUCUAACCGACAUCCAGAACCUGUUAAUGUGCGCUCUCAUUGGCCAGAAGAGCCCCUGCCGUCCGGAUCGCUGGUGCAGCGUGGAGAAGUGGCUCAGUCUGUCGCACAGUGUGGUGGUCAUUCUGGAGGGACUAUCUCUCUACCACUAUCUGUCUAACGAGACCCAUUUUGAGGCCACCAACAGGAUAUUCAGCACGAAGCUGGAGAUGAUGCUUCCAACGCAGGAAGAGGGCCAGAAGAUUAUUGACGAGAUAGCCAAGAUUCCUCUCACCAAUGUGCAGGCACGCAGACUGAUAGACGAGCACGGCUCCCUGGAGUCGGCUGUUGAGCUGAACAAAGAUCCCACUUUGUUUGUAAAGACAAUCUUUCCAAUCGAAAGCACUAAAUCUGAGGCGGAUGACAUGCAUGAGGAUGACAAGUUCCCACGCACUAAGCUCUUGCUGUCAGCCCUGCAAAUGGUCGACGAGGGCUAUCCUAUUCCUUUGCAGGGCGAGCUACACACUCGUUUCCGAAACUUUAAGUUUACUAAGGAUGUGUAUGCGCCGGUAACCAAUCGCAGUCCCAUGUUCGGCGUAGAUUGUGAAAUGUGUCACACGGAGGCGGGUUGUAACGAGCUAACCCGAAUCUCUAUUGUCAACGAAAAUUACGAGACCGUUUAUGAAACGCUAGUGUUGCCAAAUAACCGGAUUACCGACUAUCUGACCCAGUAUUCGGGCAUAACCGCAGAAAUUAUGGAGCAAGUGACCAAGAGGCUGAAUGUUGUGCAAAAGGAAGUGUCCGAACUACUGCCUCCAGAUGCCAUCCUGGUGGGGCAGUCUCUAAACUCUGAUUUGAACGCCAUGAAAAUGAUGCACCCGUAUGUAAUUGACACUAGCGUGUGCUUUAACACAUCUGGGGUGCGACGACGCAAGACCAAGCUGAAGGAUCUGGCCAGGACCUUUUUACAGGAAAUUAUCCAGGAGAACAUCGAUGGUCACGAUUCCAUUGAGGAUUCGCGAGCCACGCUAAAGCUCGUCAAGAAGAAGUUGGCAAACAGCAUCGAGUUCGGAGACCAGAUCCUCACGCAGCACAAGCAAUUGCAGGAGUUGGCGAACGCAUCCAGCGGCGAUACCAUAUCCAACAAUCUGUUUGCACAUGUGGCAAAGCGGGAUAAGCGCACGGCCAUUGUCUCGGUCGGCGAGCUGCAGCCACGUCUAAAGGAGGUGAUCGAAAAGGCGGGAGAGGCAGCGCCCAAGGAUCACAGUACGUCGGUGCGUGUCCACGAGGUAUCCACGGCCAAGGAGGCCAUUCGUAAGGUCAAUGAAGUUGCCCUGGAAAAUGCCUUGACAAUUGCCAACCUCCGCGUGCCAGAGCAGGACUUUAUGUUGGACAGUGCACAGCGGAGUGUUGCCAAACUGGACAAGACCAUUGAUCGCCUGUGGAAGUCAGUUGCGCACAACGGACUCUUCCUCGUCAUCAUGGGCGGAUCCACAGAGUGCUCUAAGGGCGUAGCCAAAAUAGCCAUCAAGCGACUAAACGGAUCGGAUCAGACUAUGUAAACUUAGGGAGCUUACCUUACUUAUGCUAACCGCCUCCACGGGAUACCCGCUGCCACUAAGGUCCUGAGGCCCAGUUGGAAUCCAGCAGAUAAAUCAAAUUUACCGUAUCACACUCAAGACAUGACCAACAGUUGCAUUACCAUACACCGGGAAAAUGUCCUCCAUGCGUGCAUCGAUAAAAAAUUAUAAAAUUAAAAACAAAUUCGAUCAAUAACGAAUAAUAAAAUGUAUAUUUAAUGUUUUUAUCAAAA